CUCAAAACUCUUUAAUUUAUAAAAGAGAAUGAGAAUCACUCUCUUUUUACUUCUUAUAUGCAUAACAACAAUAACAACUAUUAUUGCUUUACCUGUAACCACUACGACUAGCUCUAUUGAAGAAGAAUUAUUAGAAACAUUAGAUGACAUAGAAGAACCAUCAUUUGGUGUGCAAGUGGAUACACUAUCACAACUAAUUGCAACUCAUCUACACUUUGAUCAUUUGGACGCAGUUAUUGGUCAUACAGAUAAAGAGAUAGCGAUGCAGUUUCGACACCAUAUUCAGAUUACCAUUCAGCCUACUACAAAUACAAAGACAAAUCAUGUCCAAUUUACGCUUCAGCAAUUACCAUCUAUUGAUAUUAUGGAUCUCGAGAUUCUUAAAUCACAGAUCUUUGCUGCUAUCCAAGCCCACACUGAAGGCAUCCUACCUCUCACUUGGGAUAAAUUAGCUGAUAAACUGAGUCGUCAAGCCAUUGAACAGUAUGUUCGACAGCUACUGCUCACAACAUGUCCUUCAGAAGAACAAGAUGUGAUCUCUUCUCAGUGCUUGAAUGAUAAUGCAGUCAAGUUGAAUCAAGAUUUAGAACAGUACAUCAUGGCACACCUCGAUCGUGUAUUCGAAGCACUUGAUCAAUAUGCACUACCUGAUCUACUACAGCAUACUGCAGAAGAUUUAAAGGGCAUCCUCAAGUACUUUAAUUCUGUGUUCUUAUCUAGUGAAAAUAGACAAUUUGUAUUACAAGUCAUACCUUGGAAUGACGAUAUUCACCAUUUCAAGUCGAAACUACUAGAAAUUGCCUCACUACCUUCAACUGGAGAAGACAAAUCACAUUCAACUUCAUUCUUUAUUGAAUUUGCUGGUAUGGCAAGAGUUUAAAUCACCAUCUGUACAUUUAUAUCGAAUACCCUUUUUUCAUUUUUCUAUUUUUUUUUUACUAUUACCACUAUUAUACAUCUCAAACAUACAUACGCACUCUUUCUUGCUAAACUUUGUACAUAAUAAACACUAAAAACUUGCUUUUU